AUGGUGCGCCCCAUUCCCGCCGCGGAGCCACCGGACGGUGCUGCCGGGAAGGAGGCGGACCUGGACGAGAUCCUCGAUGAGAUGGGAUGGGGUCGGUUCCAGUGCUUACACUGCGCGCUCAUGGCGUACGUGUGGUUCGUGGGCGCGCUGCAGACCCUCUUCAUGGUGUUUGCCAAGCCCGGCCUCAGGGCCGAGCUCCAUAUCGAGUCCUCACACACCUCCGCCCUCAACUCGCUCUUUUUCGUCGGCAUGCUUGUGGGCGCGCCCGUCUGGGGCGCCGCAUCGGACCGGCUUGGGCGGCGGCGCGCCUUCAACAUCGUCAUGGUCCUUUACGUGGCGUGCAGCUUCGCCGAGGUCGUCGCGCCCUCGUACGCAGCCUUUGCCGCCGCCCGGCUCGUCCUCGGCUUCCUGCAGGCGGGGCAGGGCCUCAUCUCCUUCGUGCUGUGCGUUGAGCUCUUCAGCGCGAGCCGCUCCGCGACCGUGGGAUUCGUCGUCGCGGUCGCCUUCUCCGCGGGCAUCGUCACCCUCUCCCUCGUCGCCGCGGCCACCGACGCGGCUUCGCACUGGCGGCUCUACGCGGCGGUGCUCUUUGCGCUCGAGCUGCCCGUCCUGCUCUUCCUCGGCUGGCUCGUCGAGUCGCCCCGCUGGCUCCUCAGCCGCCGCGGCGCUGAAGCCGCGGCGCGCGUGCUCCGGCGCGUCGCCGCGGCCAACCGGCAGCAGGAGCGGCCGCUGCGGCCGCCGCAGGCGGGGGGCGGCGGCGCGGGCGGCGAGGGCGAGGGGUUGGCUGCGUUGCUGCGUGGCCCAAAGGUGCGGCAGCGGCUGCUGCUGAUGGUCGUGCAGUGGUGCGUCGUCUCGUUUGUUUACUACGGCCUCUCCUUCAACGUGGGCAACCUCUCCGAGAGCGUGCACCUCAACAACGCGCUCUCGGGCUUGGUCGAGGUGCCGGGCUACGGAGGGUCCACCCUCCUCGCCGACCGGUACGGCCGCAGACCCCUGCUGGCGGGCUGCCUGCUCGGCGCGGGCGUCGCCUGCCUCGUCGCUGCGCUGCCGCUGCCGACCGCCGCCAUCACCUUUGCCGCGAUGAUGGGCAAGCUCGCCGCCUCCGGCGCCUUCAACGUCGCCUACUUCUACGGCGCCGAGCUCUUCCCCACGUCGGUGCGAACCGCCGCGAUCGGCGCGUGCUCGCUCGCCGCGCGCGUCGGGGGCAUCGUCGCCCCGCAGGCGCUUCUGCUGGUCCCCGUGGCGGGCACGGCCGCCGUGAUGGCCAUCUUCGGAGCCGCCUCCCUCGCGAGCGGCCUCGUCGCGCUUAGCCUGCCGGAGACGUUGCACCGGCCGCUGCCAGACACGGUCGCAGACAUCGACCCGCCCGGCGACGCGCCGCCGGGCAGCAGGCGCUGGUCGGGCUGCUGCCCGACGCGGCACGCCCAGCUGCUGGACAGACGAGCGGUGGCGAGCGCAAGCAGCGGCGUGGAGGUCGGGGUUGGCGGGCGAGCCGAGGGUUGCGGUGCACACGAAGGCGGCGCGCCGCAGCCGCCGUUGGACCCAGGGUUGGAGGCGGAGGAGGACGCGAUGGGGGUACCAACGGUGUAUGGGGUGCCCAUAUCGAGGUCGUUGGGUGUGGAGCGACGAGGGUGUAACAAUAAUACAAAGAUCUAA